AUGAAGGGAGCUGAAGGAAGUCGAAUGCAGGAUAAGGACAAUGAUUUUCUGGAACUACGCCGUUUGGACAUGAUAUUCGGCUUGUUCACAGCAGCCGCAUGCGUUCUUAUUCUGAUGUUUUUCGUUUCUGCCUUAGCCACACUCAAAAGGAAUAAAUUCCUCCUCCGUGCGUACUGUGCCGUAAUCGCUUUGAUGGUAGUUGUGCAAUUGAUCGCUGGUUUACUUGCCUUCACUUAUUCGGAUCAAAUCAAUCAACUCGCCUCCGAUGACAUACUCUACGAAUCGCUCUACAAAACUGCCAAAUUGUACGACGAUAAGUAUGCAUCGCCUCCACCAUCGGAUUCCGAGACUCAAUUCUGGAUUCACACCCAGAAAACGUUCAGCUGCUGUGGUGUUCUCAGUUCUAAGGACUGGUCAUUCACUGAAGCUCAACUGCAAGCCUAUUCUUGUUUUCGACCGAACUAUGCCAACGGCUGUGAAAAGCAGAUCCGGUCUCGCAUCUCUUCAGAUACACAGUAUCUUGGUGCAGCCUCUAUGGGUGUAGUUCUCAUUGAGAUCAUUGCCAGUUUUCUCGCAGGCUAUCGAGCUUACAAUCUUUCAUAUGACUGA